AUGCAGUCUUCCAUCUCCCUAACCCAUGGAAGUGCAAGAACCUACUGUCCCAACAGGUUUAGCAGAAAUCCCAGAACUGUCAAUGAAAUCACAAGUCCAAUUUUCCGACCAGACACUUCAGCUCAUUUACCCGCACUCAAACUCCUCAGUAAGCUCCAAUACGAGUCUGAAUUCAGAAAACCCAUCUCAUUAGUCCCAUUGAAAACCAAAAGUUCGAAUCUUUGCUCUAUUUCAUCAAGCAAUGCCACAAGUCCUGAUGAAAGCAGUAUUGACAGCACGAGGAGUACUACUAAUAAGAGUUGGAUUGAAAUUGCUGGGGAAGCAUUUUCGACUGCUUUUCCGUUGUGGGUGGCUAUAGGGUGCUUGUUGGGGCUGCUAAAGCCGAGUUCUUAUAAUUGGGUAAAACCCCAAUGGACAGUUAUGGGGAUCACUCUAACCAUGCUUGGGAUGGGAAUGACUCUUACCUUUGAUGACCUUAAAGGCGCUUUGGCUAUGCCCAAGGAACUGUUUACUGGAUUCGUGCUUCAGUAUUCGGUAAUGCCAUUAUCAGCAUAUUUUGUCAGCAAGCUAUUAUGCUUGCCAUCCCAUUAUGCAGCCGGGUUGAUAUUGGUUGGCUGUUGCCCUGGAGGAACUGCAAGCAAUAUUGUCACUUAUAUCGCUAGAGGAAACGUGGCUCUUUCGGUGUUGAUGACUGCUGCCAGCACCCUAACUGCCGUGAUCAUGACCCCUUUUCUUACUGCUAAACUCGCGGGCCAAUAUGUUGCUGUGGAUGCAGUUGGACUUUUCUUGUCAACCCUGCAGGUUGUACUUCUACCGGUUUUGGCUGGCGCGUUUCUUAAUCAGUACUUCCAAAGCUUCGUAAAAGUUGUUUCUCCUGUGAUGCCACCGAUAGCUGUAUUGACGGUUGCCAUUCUCUGUGGAAAUGCAAUCGCCCAAAGUUCUUCUACCAUCCUUAUGUCUGGUCAGCUGGUGGUUUUAGCUACGGUGCUUCUCCAUGCAUCAGGAUUCUGCUUUGGUUAUGUCCUUUCGAGGAUGCUGGGGGUUGAUGUAUCUUCAUCUAGGACAAUCUCAAUUGAAGUUGGCAUGCAGAAUUCGGUGCUUGGAGUAGUUCUCGCCACACAGCACUUUGGGAAUCCUCUUACUGCUGUACCGUGUGCAGUUUCCAGUUAUGCUUCGUCUGUUAUUGCGCCACUCCAGUUGCUACCUGAUAGUUGGAUCGAGAAGAAGAAGUGUUUAGCAUGA